UGAAGUGGCGGCGGCAGCCCAGGCUCUCCAUGAGCAAGCGGCGGCGGCAGCGGGUGCGGCGGCACCGGCGAUUUUUGGUCCCCGGGGAGGAUGAAGACACUGUUUGAAGAGAUCAAAGCAUCAAUUAAAAAUAACUAUAAUCAAGAUCGGUCAUUUUGGAGGCCUGUUCUUCCUUGGGGAGGUGUUUUUACUAUCAAAGCUGGCCGCAAAGCCGUAUCCUGUACACCACUCUAUGUUGAAAUAAGACUGAAAAAUACCUGCACCAUAGAUGGGUUCUUGAUGUUAUUGUAUGUCAUUCUUAAUGAAAAUGAAAGUUUCCCCAGGGAACUGUCUCUUCAUUUUGGUAGAGAGUUUGUAGACUGUUUUCUUUAUUUAAUGGACACCUAUAGUUUUACAGCUGUGAAGCUACUUUGGAUUUGGGACAAGAUGGAAAAACAACAAUACAAAUCUGAAGUAUAUAAAGCUUCAUUAAUAAUUGAUUUGUUUGGGAAUGAGCAUGAUAAUUUUACAAAAAAUCUUGAAAAUCUUAUGUCUACCAUUCAAGAGAGUUACUGUUCCAACUGGCGAUGCCCAACUCGAGUGCAGGAAGAUCAGCAGCGCACAAUUAAUAUAAAUCCUCCCCAAGAAAUUCCACAUGGAAACUUGAUACGACUGGCUGUGGAUGAGUUAUUCUGUUCCAAGAUCGAACUGUGUGAAGAGCAUGGAUGUGGUGGCUUGAGAGAAUUUUCCCAGCGAGUUUUCUGUCAUGGAGCACCCCCUUUUGUUGUCUUAAAUAUGCAGCAUUGGAAAUCUGAAGAUCUGGCAUAUGUACCUUAUUACUUGGAUUUAUCUGAGCACAAGUAUUUAUUGGAAGGUGCCACAUUAUUUAACAAAGAGGAACAUCAUUAUUCUGCAGCCUUCCAGAUUGAUGGACAUUGGAUGCAUUAUGAUGGCCUCAGAAAUGUGAAUUUAAUUUUGUUGAAUAAACCCCCUGAGUUUCUCCUUUUGUCAUCAUUGGUUUAUAUUCGAGCAACAGAGAAAUAAAUAUAGACUGAUGCUAAAUUAAAUUGUUUUCCCUCCUGCCCAUGCUCCCCCAGAUGAAGAGCUUUAUUUUGUGUAUACUUGGUAUCCAAGGAAAUAGUUCAACUAUGCUAGUUUCAGAGGUGUAUUUUCCAGUGUUUAGUCCCAGGUAAAUAUUUUAUAUAGAGAGGAUCUAUGCAAAAAUGUUUGUACUUCUUUUUUAUAUUUCCUGGGUUAUUUUUAUACAAGCAUAUUUUAUGUCAAAAUAA